UAUGACUAGAAAUUUUUGUGGAAACUAAAACGGCAUAUCGAGAGAAGAGAAAAUAAAACAAUCGAUAUAAAGGAAGAUGAGUGUCACCAGUAAAUUGCUCUAUAACAAGCUUCGCGGAUUGCGUCCAGAUCUAUCAUCGGGGAUCACACCUGAGAUCUUGAGCAAAGUAUGCGAUGAUCCGAGCACGCAGCCUUUUCUGGAAUGGUUCUGCAAGAACGUGAGCAGUGCCAAUAUUCUCUCCAACGAGGAGAUAAAAUUAAAAAAUACACUGGAAGAUGCUGGCGAAAUAUUGGAAGGUGAAGCAUUGGACGCCGCAAUAAAGGAAGCCACCAGAGAUUGCCCGAACUUGUUGAAACUAGUCGACAUAGAUGAUACAUGUCGAGAGGAUCUAUUUGUGGAAUACGAAGCAUUGAAGGAAAGCUGCAGAGAAGAUGAGAAGUAUCUUCAGUCAUUGAGACAUAGUAUAAAAACUCUGAAAGAAGUCAAGAAUAAGCUAGAUGAUGACAUUGAAGAAGCAGAAACUAUGCUCAAUAAAGAACAGAUUGAAACAGAAAAGGCAUAUGACGAUUGCAGUGUCAUUUUGAAAAAAUUUGAUAAAGAAACUUGUCAGUUUUCAAAAGAUAUCGAGAGUCUUUUAAAUGUGUAUGCCAAUGCUGCUAAGAAUCGAGGCAGUGCAGUGUUAUGGUCACAAAUGCCUAUCCAUUUAUUUAGUAAACAAAUAGAACUCUACAAUCAUUAUCUAGGUAUUCAUAUAAAGAAGCAAUUUGGAACUAGUGUUAACAAAGAAGAGCAAGAAGAGGAUUCAGAUUACGGAUCUCUAAUAAAUGAUAGUAGGGACAAACAGAUGGAUGAAAGAAUGCUUGAAUUACACAUGUGUAAAAAAAACUUAACCCAUGCUAAAUUAGAAGAGAUUAAUGCUAGUGUUCAAGAGGAUUAUUACAUGGCAAUAUUACAAUGUGUACAGGAUAUCUAUAAUGGUGGAAUUUUAAAAGUGCCUGAAGAUAGUAAAUUACACGACGAAAUGCAAACGUUAAUCAUAAAAAGAGACAUCUUGGAACAGAAUAUUGAACUUUUGCGAGAUCAACAGUUACCAGAAGUAGUAGUGCAAUAUGCUGAAAUGGAGACUAUUAAGAUCUUGAAAAAUGACGCACUUGCCCGUGUCGAACGGAGGAAAGCCCGUCUCGAGAAGCUCAAGAAUUUACAUUCUCUCGCAGGAAAGCACGGACAUGUUCACGUGGAUCUGCUGUAUUUAUUAAUGGAAAUGCAAUUUCGUCGCCUGCACGAAGUUGCCGAAUUCAUCGCUGACGCUCGUCAUUAUAUUAUUACGGAAUAUAAGCUUUCUUCUGCAAGAUGUGAAGUCAUGCAACAAGAACAAGACGAAUAUGCGGCACUUGUAACGCAAUUUCCGGAAACGAACAAUGCGUUUAAUCAAAUAUUUAUGUCUAUGAUGCUUGGUGACGAUAUCUCGAAGUCGUCAUUCUCUACUGCAUUGAAAAGAUACGACGACUUAAUAGCUGACAACGCGAAGAAGAAGAAAUUAAUACUGGAAACAUAUCUGAAUAAUAAAAUCGACAAAUUACAAAAAUUAGAGAAUGAAAUUAACAAGGAUUACGUAGCUGAGACGCAAAAUGGACCGACAAUUAGCUUCAAUUCAACUUCAUAUGAAAUAAGUUCCAAGUGUGAGGAAAUGUCCACAAUCGUUCAACAGGUGCAAGGAAAUAUAACAAAGAUUAGGAAUCAGUUCAAAGAACGAAUGAGGAUGGACGCCAAUUUAGAACGCGAGAAGGACAUUUUAUGGCAAAGAUUUUUGGUAGAACCUGAUACAUUAAGAUUGAAAUAUGAGGAAGCAAAACAAAAAGCGAAUGAAUUUCACUUUAGAGAUACCAUAGAAAGUAAAUUGAAUUAACAAUUUACAAACCAAUUAUAUUAUGGAGAUAAGAAAAGAGAUAUUCAAUAUUUCAAGUUUUUGUACUUUUUUUUAAACCAAAAUAAUUAAAACACAGUAGUUG